AUAGGAUUGGUCCUCAUCCCAAUCUUUGUCCUAUUCUUCAUCCUCGCCGUGGCACUCGGCUGCUCUGAAUACUGGAGCUCUCGCUCGUCUGCUGGACCCUCUCAUCGUCGUGUGUGCUUCUGGAGAAAACGGCGACCAAGUCAGCAACGACAUUGGCCCAACACCACGGACAGUUCGAGCUCCGGUAAAGGCACUGAUUCGUCCGGGCAUACGACAGACUAUCACGAUCCUCUCGAAGGGAAAGAACACGUCUGAUAACGGAAUAUAUCAUUCUCAUGCUUGUCCCUGUACAAUGGACGACGCCGACCUCAUCCCACAGCCUCUGCGCAUCGUCAAAGGCCUGCCCUUUGUCCACCCUGGCAGCAGCGGCCCAGGACCGACUUCUCCCCUGAUUUAUCCGCGUAUCCCGCAAAGGCAGUCUUCUCUGCACGUCUCGGCGGCGCCCUUAUCUGCCAUAAGCCGUUCGCCGUCUCUGGGCCAGGAACCAACAGGCCUCAUGGUGUCGAAGACUCGUCGGCUUGACGACGAUGGCGAUACUUGGGCAUCAAAUGAAAAGUUCUCAAUGGAAUCUGCCUCAUCUAUACAUAGUAACGGCCUCAAUAUGAAGAAGUGGUUGCUUUCAAAAUUCAUUCGUGGCCUGAACUCUGGUAAAUGGAGUCCUAAAACCAGGCGAUUCUCUAGAACAUCCAGCAAUACUUCAACCGACAGGCAAGGCCAAAGACAGAGCGAGGACCCUUCAGGCAGGGAAUCGGCACCCUUUGCUCCUCUGAAUGUUCCUAUAGUCUUUGUGGACCUGAAAGUGACGACACAUAAUCAAAGUAUCGGACUCAAAUCCGUGUCAUUGUGGAUUUCGGUCGAGGUCUGCGUUGAUACCAGUGAUAUGAGUUCUCAGGUUUCACCAUCUGCCCCGGAUCUGAGGGCACCUCUUGAUGUUCUCAUCAUACUGGAUGAGAUGUAAGUUCCCACGAUAUACAUAGAGUAAGGAGCUAGUGUUGACACUUUCCAUCUUGCAGUUCCCAGGUCACUAUCAGUGCAUUUAGAAAGACGACCAUUAGUUGUUGGGCUAUCA